UUAUCAGAUGACGUUUGAUCAUUCCUUUGUAUUCGGUAUGAGGGUUAACCGGAAUGUAGUAUGUUACUCUAUAAUUAUAGUAUGUAUUAUCUGGUGCACGUGUAUCAUGUAUUUCUUAAAUCCAUUGAACAUUGGAAAUCCGAGCCAUACUGAAGAGUACCAGGAAGACGAAGCUGAAUAUGUUUAUGAAUUCCUUUUUGGACUUCGAAAAACACCCGCUACAACGAAAGUUGGAUUAGAAGUUGGUUUAAGAAAAAGAGGGUUAAGGACAAUGAGAAGUAAAUACACGCCAGGACACAAAUUGAAUGCCUCUCACAUUUGUAAGGACCAAGGAGCAAACUUGAGUCUGCUGAUAGUGGUUACAUCCGCUCCUUAUCACUUCGGGGACCGCUUAGACAUCCGCCGCACGUGGGGCCAACUCGGGAAACAAAUGAACGUCGCCAUAGCAUUUUUUGUAGGACAAACUAAUUCUUUCUACACCUCAAGGAAGAUUCUAGAAGAAGAAUACACGUACGGAGAUAUCAUCCAAGGUAACUUUAUAGACAUUUACAACCAUUUGUCACUGAAGACCUUGUCGAUUUUGGAGUGGGCAAAUAGAUACUGUUCGCGAGUGAAGUUUUUACUAAAAACUGACGACGACAUGUUCAUAAAUGUGCCGUUAUUAUUAAAUCUGAUUGCUAAAGAUUUAGACAUCCACAGGUCUAUAAUGGGCAGUCUAUCAAACAACUUGACCCCAGUACGAGAUACUUCCAGCAAGUACUACCUCUCCCUAGGUGACUUUCCACUAGCCGAGUUUCCACAGUUUGUGUGUGGUCCAGCCUACCUGAUGACAUCCGAUGUCAUCAGUGAAUUGUAUAACCACGCCUUGAACUCAGCUUUUUUCAAACUGGAGGACGUGCUUUUCACAGGAAUAUUUGCCAGGUCGCUCAAAAUUGACCUUGUCAACAUCAAGGGAUUCGUGAAGCAAGACGUUGGUUUUGAUAACUGCCAAGUAAAGCAAGCGUAUGCUAUCCACGAUGUAAAGCAUAACGAAAAAUUCCUUUAUUGGAAGUUGUUUUUAGAAGAAAAUUGUGUGGAGAAAGAACAACAUAACCUCAAUUUGGAUAUGACGCAUUUCAUCAAUAUCACAUUAUGGCGUACUGCCUAGCACCAAUUUGUUUUGUAAGACAGACCACGUGAUGAAACGUGCCUUGGUCAUCAGUUUACUCAUUAAACUAUUGAUUCAUACGAUGGCAGUUAAUUUUCAAUACAGAUCUAUAUGAAUUAAUUUUAAUAUCUUGCUUUGUGAGCAGUUAUGAAUGUGUAUAAAAUAAUAAUAUUUAUUUAGUUAAUUUCACACA